CCCAAAAUUUUAAGGAAAUUAGACUAAAAUGUUAACAGUUGAUAUUGAACUCAAAUCCGAUAAUGAGUGGUCUUUAGUAAAGAAUACUGAAAAAAAGUCCGAAGCUUUAAUACGCCGCAAAAUCAAACGGAAACGGAAAAUUUUUCAAUAUAUUAUAUUAUUCGGAAUACUUGUAAUUUCGAUGAUUGGAGUUUGUGCAUUGUUAAAUGUUUUAAACUCAACCGCAGAAAAUCCACAAUUAUUUGGUAGGACAAAGCAUGUUCUGUUAUGGAAGAGCAAACAUAUGUUUGGAGAAAUGGCCUCACAGUCUGGUGAUACCUAUAUCUGUGAAAGAAGCAAAUGCAUAAUUGAAUUUAGUUAUGAAGAUAACAUUGACUUCAAUAAAUUUGAUGCAAUUGUUAUUGAUGGUCUUGGUAAAGAUUAUGCCAUUGCACCUCAUCGUUACUCACAUCAACUGUAUGUGGGUGCAUUUCCACCAAAUUUCGAUCCAAUUGAAUUUACAAAUAUCUCUUAUGAUAUAUUAAUGUCUUAUAAAUUAAAUUCUGAUAUAGUUUGGACAUAUUAUGAAAUUACAAUUAUAAACUCAAGUUCAACUUUAGUAACAUCCACGUUACAACGAAAUUGGGACAACGCAGUAACUGUCAAUGAAAGUGAUAUAGAAAAACUGAAAAUCUUUGCUCAAAAUAAAAAUAAACUGAUCUUUACUUUCCCAACAAACAGCUGGAGUAGCUAUUAUAAGUAUUUGAUCGAACAAUUUAAUAAUUCUAUUUCAAUUGAUAUCUGUACAAAUUGUGAUUUUCAAUACUUAUCCUCAGUAUAUAAAUUCAUACUGAUCUCACCAGAAGUUAACUGUGAAGACAAUGUGCCUAAUAUAUUUUACCUAGCACUCAAGAAUCGAAUUGUCCCCAUUGUAUAUGGCAAAGUGGAUUUUAAGCGUUUUGCUCCCCCUAGGCACUUCAUAAAAGCGGAUGAAUUUUCGACUGGGAAAGAAUUUGCUAAAUUUUUAAAAUAUUUGGACAAAACACCAGAUGCUUAUGUGCAGUACCUAACAUUUUCAUAUCAAUAUACAAUUAAGUUGGCAUUCUUUGCAUACCACACACUCAACACUGGUGAAGCGGAACCUGCUGGUCCGGUUCCAACCGAUUCCCUCUUUAUAUACCGUCCUGAUAAGCGUCAUGAAGUGUGGCGUUUUAUAUUUUACAUGGUCCUACAUGCCGGUUGGUUUCAUCUUGGCUUUAAUUUAUGCAUACAACUACUGUUCGGUCUGCCACUGGAAAUGGUGCACGGUUCAGGGCGUAUCGCUUGCAUUUAUUUGGCGGGUGUGUUGGCUGGCUCAUUAGGCACUAGCAUAUUUGAUCCUGAAGUGUGCCUGGUUGGUGCCAGUGGUGGCGUGUACGCCUUGCUAGCAGCACAUUUAGCGAAUGUCAUGAUAAACUAUCAUCAAAUGCGCUAUGGAAUUUUUCGUCUAGUCACAAUCUUAAUAUUUGCUUCAUGCGAUUUUGGUUUUGCGAUAUAUGUGCGCUAUGCUGACGAAAAUCCUUUGAGCCCGUCCGUAUCGUAUGUGGCGCACUUGACUGGUGCACUGGCUGGUCUGACUAUUGGUUUGUUGGUUUUGAAAAACUUCGAACAAAAGCUCCAUGAGCAGUUAUUGUGGUGGAUCGCUUUAGGGGUGUACUCGGCGUGCACCAUAUUCGCCAUCGUCUUUAAUGUUUUGAAUAGCAGUGUUAUGCAGAGCUUCAAGGUUGAAAACGUUUACGCUACAGAAACGUUUUACAAUGAUUUCCAAGUAUGAUGAAAAGUUAAUGUACCAAAUGUGGUAAUCCUUUGUUGCCUUUUUUGUUCCUCGCUUUACAUUAAUGUUUUUGUUAAUAGUUUUUUUUUAUUUUAAUAUUUAAGAGCGAAUAUUUUUCUAGUUCUGU